AUGGACACAAUAGUUCAGCCUCAAUUCAUAAUCGCUUGGCCUGUUAUUCAAGACCUCGUCGGUGUCUUUUCACGCGGCCGUCCACACGACCUGGUCCCGCGCACCUUGUUCACGGAGUCCAUUCCUCCAAUUCUCUAUCCGCCCUGCAUCUUUGUGGGAUUGCUCCUGGGUCUAUGGACAUGGAAAUGUUUCUGGAUCGUGAUCAUGCAGAACAAAUUGCUGUAUCUCUCGUGGCUACCCCCAUUCUCGAGGUCCGACACAGUCGCCGAAUAUGAGGCUCAAUGCAAGCCCGUUCGCUGGGAAGAAAAGCAAAUCCGCAGUCUAGACGGCACCAAGCUAGCCAUCUGCGAAGGGCACAUUCCAUGUGACAAGCACGAGAGCUCUGCACAGGCCAGGCAACCCUUGAACAAGGUCGUGGUUUGCUACUUCCAGGGAAACGGUGGCUCGACUCCUCUUCGCCUGCCACUUCUCUCGCAGGUGCUCAAAGGUCUUUCGGCUGAAGCACCUGCGGAAACCGAGUUCAAGGUCGUCGCACUCUCAUAUCGCGGAUACUGGAAAUCUUCUGGGCGCGCAACCCAGUCCGGGAUCCAGCGAGACGCACAAGCAUUCUUGAACUGGGCGUCCGACACGUACUCUUCAGAAGAAGAAUCGACUCACCUCCAGUUGAUUCUAUGGGGUCAUAGCCUGGGCUCAGCUGUCGCAACUUUCGCAAUCCCUGCGUAUCUCUCCAGUAGAGAGAAUGCGCAAUCAAGCGGGUCGAGAGUACCCGCGCAAAUCUCAGGCGUGGUCAUGGAAGCCCCCACCUCCAGCAUCAAAGAUAUGCUCAUUAGUCUUUAUCCCCAGCGAUGGCUGCCAUACCGGUACCUGUGGCCCUUUUCGUGGAACACAUGGUGCAAUGCGUCCAACUUGAUUCAAAUUGUCGACUGGCGAGAGGAGCAUCCGCUUGCGAUGAGCAGAAUCCCGCCCAUAUUGAUUUUGUCCGCUGAGAACGACGAAGUCAUCCCGCCCUAUGUGGCAGGUCAAUUGGAGCAAAAGGGUCUCGAUUUGGGGCUUGAUGUAUUCAGGAAGGAAGUGCGAGGAGCCAUGCAUACAGAAGCGCCGAUGAAGGAAGAUGGUCGGAAGGCCUUGAUUCAGUUCAUAUGUGAUAGAACAUCCACUACAGGAUAG